CGACCACGCGCGGCUGGAAGCACGUGCAAAGUGCAAAGGAGAUUUGUGUUUAUAAAUAUAUCAUUUAGCAUUUAUGUAUUAAUAAUUUGAUAAAGUAAAGAUUUCAGAUUACUCGAGUCAGUAAAAGUUCACUUAUCGACAAAAUGAAGGUGAAGAAAGUAAGACAGAAGUCUCUUAACUCACCAAGAGGAAAGAGAGUCGCCAAGAGAAAGAAAGAAGAUUUGAGCAAACUAACCACAGAAGAGUUCUUUGGACAAAAUUUUGAAACAGAUAGCGAUGCAUGCGAUGAUGGUGAAGAGGAUAAAAACAUAGACGACGAAGAUAAUGAACAGAUGGAUAGUGAAAACAGUGAAGAUGAUGAGCAGAUAGAUAGUGAUAGCAGUGAAGGUGACUUGGAUCCUGCAGAGCACAAAAAGUCAUUGAUGAGAUUGAAAGACACCGAUCCUGAGUUUUAUAAAUAUCUGAAAGAAAAUGACAAAAAUCUUCUGGACUUUAGAGUGUCGGACGAUGAAGACGAUGACAAUUCUUCAAUAAACGAUGAUAGACAUGUUCCCAAUGAAAAUUUAGAGGUUGCUAGCGACGAGAGUGAUUUUGAGCCAGAAGAGGCUGAAGGCGAUUCUAAAAAGAAGAUCACUUUAAAAUUACUGAAAACUUGGCAACAAAACAUACAAACGGAUAAAUCGAUAAUCACUAUUAAGUGUGCUGUAGACGCUUUCCAUGCAGCCUUAGAUAGCGUCGCAGCAUUACCUGAUACGACCACGGAAUAUAAAGUAGAUGGAAGUGCAGCAUUUAAUGGUGUAAUGCAACUAUGCAUAAUGUAUCUGCCUGAUGCAUUUAAACGCUUUUUAAAGUUGGAUCCGGAAUCACAGGAAGUACAUAAAUCUAAAAGAUUCGGAAAAAUACGAGUAAUUUUAAAAUUGUACUUGUCUGAUUUAAUCAAAUUAUUACAAAGUGUAGCAUCAUCUAGUAUUCUUACAGUGCUUUUGAAGCACUUACGACAAAUGCUGCCUUACACUCGCUCAUUCUCGUCUUUAACGAAACCAUUGUUAAGAAUUUUGAUAAAAUUUUGGUCGACUGCAGAAGAGACUGUUCGGGUUACAGCUUUCUUAAAUAUAUUACAUAUUGCAACUAAGAAAGAGUCUGUGUUAGAGAAGCUGUUAAAGACCAUGUAUGUGAAAUAUGUUCAGAAUACAAAGUUUGUUUCACCUAAUACGUUACCAGGAAUCAAUUUUAUGAAACAUUCUUUGAUUGAAAUUUAUCUGCUUGACCAUGAUGUUUCGUACAAUCAUGCUUUUCUAUAUAUCAGGCAAUUAGCGAUUAAUUUAAGAAACGCUAUAACAUUAAAGAAAAAGGAAAACUUUCAGGCUGUAUAUAACUGGCAGUAUAUAAACUCUUUACGGUUUUGGACGGAAUUAAUAACUAAAUCAAAGGAUAAGUCGAUGUUACGUUCGUUGUUAUAUCCAUUAGUCCAGAUUAUUGUUGGAACAAUAAAAGUCAUUCCAACGGCACAAUAUUAUCCAUUACGAUUCCACUGUAUAGAAAUGUUACUAGCCAUUUCUAAGGAAACAGGAACAUUUAUACCUAUUUUGCCAUUUCUUCUCGAGAUAUUGGACACUUACGAUUUUAAUAAGAGGCAUAAAGCAGUUACAAUGAAACCUAUACCACUUAUUUGCAUAUUGAGGAUGUCAAAAUCGCAAUUGGCGGAGAAUGGUUUCAAAGAUAGUAUUAUCGAAACCGUUUAUCAAUUCAUUUUGGAAAAUGCAGCGAACGAAAGUCAUAAAAUAUAUUUCCCAGAUGUGUACAUACCUUGUAUAGUACAGUUAAAGGCGUUUCUGAAGAAAUGUCAUGUGGCAGCUUACUGCAAGAAGAUAAAACAGCUUUUAAAUAUGAUUGAGGAAAAUAGAAAAUACAUUGAAACUGAGCGUACUAAAAUAACGGUAGAUCUGAAGAACACGGCAGAGAUUACAAAUUGGGAAAACAGAAUGAAGACGGACGGUACAGAAAUAGCCAAAUUCUAUGCUUCCUGGAUUAAGAUUCACAAAUCUCAGGUGCUUAAGCUUCUUACAAAGAACGAAGAAGAAAUCAAUGUACCGGUGAGGUUACCCAAGAAACAGAAAUUAGAUGAGCGAGAUGCAGAAGAUAGCGAAGAAGAGAGCGAGCUUGAAUUUCGAUUAAAGGGAACGGAAUCCGAAACAGAAAGGAAAAAGUCAUUGAAUAAGGCGAAAAAGCGCAAGAAAAACAAAGAGAAAAAGACAACCAACAAUAUCGAGGAUGAAGAUUUGCCAAGAGAAGACACAGAUAUUGUACAAGAUAUAAAUAGCGAUGAUUGGGGCUAAAAUGUGUAAGAUAAAAAAUUAAUGACCAUGUAUAAGAUGAAUAAUACAUGUAUUUUAUAUA